AUGAUCUGGCUGGCCGCUCUCGGCGGCGCAGGUCCAAUCUCCUCAAGCGGCUCUUCUAUUGCGUCUGUGACUCUUGGAGGUGUCUCCUGGAACCUGUGGUAUGGAUGGAAUGGCAACAUGCAGGUGUACAGCUUUGUUGCCUCAUCCACAACCGAAAGCUUCUCGGCGGAUCUAGUCGAUUUCAUCAGCUACCUGGAGAACUCUCAAGGCCUCUCAUCCAGCCAGUACUUGACCCACGUGCAGGCCGGCACGGAGCCUUUUGUUGGCUCUAACGCAAACUUUGUUACUUCCUCCUACUCGGUCUCCGUUGCGUAA